AUCAGCCUAAUUCUCUACAUAGCUCUCAAGGUCCCAUGACCAGUCAUGUUAAUGAAGCCCUGUUUGCUGCCUACCCUGGGAACCAGCCUGUUGAGAGCUGUGAGACCUCAUUUACAUCUCCUGAUAAUCUAGAAAGAAAACUUCAGUGUGAAUACAACUACCACGUAUUCGGCAGCCGGAUGGAUAAAGCAGUUCCACCUGUAGUAUACACCCCUGAAAUGAGAGAGGAAGAAAGAAGACGAAGAGUUUCCUAUGAUCCAUUUGCAAAGCCAUCUCCUACUCCUCAAUGGAAUGAACUGUAUCCAAGAGCUGAAAAAACAGGAUCAAACACUAAUCCAUAUUUUUGGCCACAGCCAGCUGCAAAACCACCGAAACAGGGAAAUCUAGAUAUUUUUUAUGGGCUUAAACCUAACUUAAACGCUAACAGUCUUCUAAUGGGACACACAGAGGAUCUGUAUGGAUUGUGUUCAGCAAGUGCCUUUAGCCUAAGUAAACCUCCUGUGCCUGAAUCUGGCUCAAACCUGCAGUCACAGACCAACGUAAACUGGUAUCCAAAGAAUGCAGACACAGAUACAGGUAACAAGGAUUCCACUUCUUUCACAAGGGGAACUUUUACAUAUUAUCCUACUGCACCCAAAGGAAGCACAGAAGAUUCAAUCAAGUACAACAUAAGUAACAGCUCUGGAAUUCAAAUCGGAUCCUACAAUCACAUGAAGAUUGAAGAGCACAAUCAACACAUCAGCACUUCUCCUGUUGUUACAGAAGCUACUUACAUGCAUUAUGAAGCAAUGGGUAUAUUUGACAAUACUACUGUCCUGACCGAGAAACAUCUGAAUCUAGUGAGAGAAAAGUUGGCUAAGCAGUGGAAGCACUGUGCUCGUAAACUGGGCUUCUGUGAUCCUGAGAUUGAUGAAAUUGAUCAUGACUAUGAACGAGAUGGACUAAAAGAAAAAGUUUACCAAAUGCUGCUUAAGUGGGUAAUGAGGGAAGGCUCCAAAGGUGCUACAGUUGGAAAGCUUGCCAAAGCCCUCUUUGGCUGCCAAAGACUGGAUCUCCUUACUAGUUUGAUGCAAAUCAAUGAGGAAUAA